CCACGCCCUUGUAUAAAACGCAAGUUCACAGUCAUGGGGACGUAAUGUGGUAAUUGCCUCGACAUGAGAACCAUCGUUGUGGUCGCUGUGGUCAUUGCGUUGGUGGCGGUCUUCUCGAUAUGUGCAGAUGGGUACCAAAUCGCUGUUCCGGACACUGAAUUAAUAAAUGACGCACCAUUGAGCACACUAUUCCGCGAAAAGCGGCAAGUUGAAGCCUUUUACGACGAUGACCUGGGUGCGCCGCAGCAACAAGAGCCCGAGGAGCCCGGCUUCUGGGACCGAGUGGUCAAGAUAGCCGUCAAGCUGUUCUCGCGCUUUGUGGAGUGGCUCAACUCUUAAACCCUCUUUUAACUUUAUGUCAUAAAUAGCGCGUCCGAUUCGCGCUCUGCGUACUAUGUAAUGCACUCAAGCAGUUACCACAUGUAGACAUGAAGUACCUGCGUCAAAAAAGGCCCGGUUCGUAAGCAUGCCUUCUUUCAAAACUUCAUAGUUUUGUAAGUGUGAAAUUGUGAAUGGAUUUAAAUUUGUCAUCCAUGUUCGCUAGUACCAAAACUGCAAGUUCAUAUUAAACAUAAGAAAAAUUUAAAAUAACGAUGGUCCUUUUUUGGUGCAGGGUACCUUAUUCACGGCGCGUUCGCCUAAUCUGGACGCACGUGGUUUUCAUUAUAGAUACUGUCAAGCACUGUAAUCGUUGAGCCAUUGAGGGUUUGGUUAACAGAAUAUUGGGAAAUUUGAGAAUAAGUAUUGAAAACCAAAUUAGCUUAAGCCCUAAAUUGCUUAGCAAUUUAAGUCUGUACCUUACUGUAGAAAGUUACUUUGGUGAGAAGCAAAAUUGUAUGGAGUUGACAUUUGCAUAUGUCUAUAAUAAAAUUAUUAAAGUAAACAGUGCAUUAAAAAGUUUCUGGAAGCUUCUCUCAAAAAAUAUGAACUAUUUUUGUACAAAUUUCAAACUUUUAAAAGUAGGCACCCCAUUUGGUCUCAAUAAUGCUUACAGGUAAUAUUUGUAAUCUUGGAACCCUUAUUGAGAUGUACACAAUAGUUACCAAAUAAUGUGAAACUUAUUAUUCCAUGUCUAUGUACCUAUAUGUGUAAGGUUAUGGGGUAUUAUGCCUCAAAAUUUUAAAGCCAUAAUGUAAUAAAAA